UCCGGGCGGUGCUAAACGUGUGUAUAGCAGAAGGUUUGAACUCCGAUAGUUUCAAUGCUACGCGGAAUCAUAGGCGGGCAUCGAACAUCGCGAAGAGCUGAAUUUUUUUUUUGUACCAGAAGAUUGAGUUGAGUGGCAUUUGCGAAAGAGACAAGAAAAGGCGUCUUCGCUGAAGCUGUAACGAGGUAGAGCGCUGACAGGAGGCUGCUCCGUUAUAGGACGGGCCAGAAAAAUCUAGAAGAGUAGCCCAAUUUAAUCUAAAGCGCUCUCGCAAGGUAGCGACGUGACCCUGAGAGUGAGAGGUCCGGGUUCAAAGAUGAGAGAAGAGAAGCCGUCGAGGGAGUGCGAGAGCGAAUUGGAUGAGGAGAAGCUGUUUGGUUACGACGAGGUAUAUGAUGAGAUGAAGAAGGAGGAGGUGAGGAAGGAGGAGAGAAAUGCAAGAUUCGGGUACGGGAUAACGACUCCGUCCUUAUACAAGGGAGGGAGUCGGGAGGCGCCGAGAUACAUAGAGAAUUUGAUGAAAUGCGCCGAGGAGAGGAACCAAGGAAGGAAGAUAGCAUAUCAGAGGAAGUUGCAGAGAGAGAAUGAGGCGUUGUUGGCGAGGAAUGAGAAGAUGGAAUGUUAUAUUUCUGAAGAGUACAAAAAGAAGUUAGAGGAGUUGAAGGUGGGGCAGGGUAUGGAAGAGCCGGAGGAGGAGGGAGGAGGGGAUAUUGGAUCAUUCUAUUUCAAUUUGAAGAAUAAUGUGGCACUUGGCGCGGAGAGGAAGGAAUCAAGUGACCGUCGAGAAGGGAUUGAGAGAGAGGGGGGAUUGGACAAGCCUAAAACAGACAGAGUGGUGCGGAGGGAUACAUGGAGGUCUUCGAGAGCGAUAGAGAAGAAGCAGGCAUUGAUAGUUGAGCGCAAGAACGAAGAAAAGGUUACUCGGAAAAAACCUCGAAGGAACAAUGAAUCAGAUAUUUUAGCGGCCAGGGAGCGAUAUUUACAGAGGAAGGCGGCUAGAGCAAAAGAGGAGGGUAUUAUCAAACAAAGUGUUGGAAGAUUAUAAAUGGCUGAGGUACUUCGUUGA